AGUAGCCUUGCAGUUACAAGUAUUCCGAGUCGACAUGUAGCUUCGAUAGAUACAGAUCAUUCAAAAAUAGCAUAAACCAGGAACGGAAGCUUACAAAAUUUUAUAAAUUUUAGUUGAUAUUAGUAAAAAUACACAAAUAAACGAAACAAUCCCGUACGCAAAACCAAGUAAAAGAAACGCUGAAAAUGUCUUUCAAACGGCUGCUGUUCGUGUGCAUGGGCAACUCCUGCAGCUCGCCCAUGGCCGAGGCAAUCAUGCAGAGCCUGAUGGUUAAGACCAGCAUCUACUGGGAGGUGGAUAGCGCCGGCCUGAGGACCUGGAACACUGGACGCAGACCUGAUCAGCGCUGCCUGCGAGUGCUCCGUGAGCACGGUCUGCGUUCUGAUCACUUCUGCCGUCAGUUCUCCAUGGAUGACUUUGCCUACUUCGAUUACGUGGUGGCCAUGGAUGAGACCGUUUACAAGGAACUCCAGCUUUGGGCUGAAGCCAACCGCUCUAGGGUGGACUCCGAGUUGUUACUGCUUAGUUCCUUUGGCCAGGAUGGCCAGACGGCCUUUAUCCACAACCUUACCCCGACCUGCAAGCAAAGUAUAUUUAGGGCCGCCUAUUACCAGAUCAAGGAGUGCUGCAAGCAGCUCAUCCUUCUCCAAAAGGUAGACAUUGUUAGGUACGAGGUGCCCAGCUCCGAGGAUAAUGCCUACUUUGACAACAAUCCGGCUGAGAUUUCUGAGAGCAUCCGAUCCACUGGCGGACAAACUACAUCCUCCAAGAUGGACCUUUACUACUCGAAGGCCUCUCACAGUAAACAGCACUGCCCGCCGGCUUCCACAGAGAUGAAUUGCUGCCAGGAGGAGGGAACACGACGAAAGCUCUGCCAGAAGUGCGGCCAGAAAUUUCUUGCAACGUUAUGAGCUUGAGCUUGGACUGCCGGACAACCCACCUCCAAUUUAGAUGGAUUCAGAGGCUCUUUGAUCUUGAGACAUUGAUUAUUAAGCGUAUGCACCUGAGUCUGAGAAUGUGACUUGAGUUGGAAUUAAAAAAGAAAAAUAAAAAACUUUUAUCUGGCA